AUGGCCGAGAAAGAACCCGUCGAGGGUCUACGCGACUCCGAACGGAACAGCCUGUCGACUGGCAACAAUGACUCUGGCACAGACGAUGCAAGCACUUACGAGCUGACUGGGAUUCCGUUAUUCCUGGUCAUUACUGGGCUUGGUCUUUCAAUCUUUCUCAUGUCGCUGGACUCGUCUAUCAUUGCCACGGCUAUACCCCGAAUCACGUCGCAAUUCAACAGUACUGGUGAUAUUGGCUGGUAUGGAAGUGCAUACUCCUUUGCGAUGUGUGCUUUGCAACCUAUCGCAGGAAAGCUGUUUGCAAACUUUGAGAUGAAGCACAUGUUCCUCGCCUGUUUUACCGUCUUCGAGCUGGGCUCAUUGCUCUGUGCUCUUGCUGUCAACAGUCCUAUGCUAAUUGUUGGGCGUGCUAUUGCCGGAUCUGGAGCUGCAGGUUGCUUUACAGGUGCCUUCUGCAUUGUUGCGAUUUCCAUCCCGCUGGUCAAGAGACCUUUCUACAUUGGUAUCCUUCAGUCGACCUUCGGAAUCGCUACCAUCAUUGGACCAGUUUUGGGCGGUGCAUUCACAGAGCAUGUGACAUGGCGUUGGUGCUUCUGGAUCAACCUUCCCAUCGGUGCUGUCACCAUCAUGACAUUGGUCUUGUUUUUCAAACCGCCUCCACGAGGCUCGACGAAAGCUCCCUCGGUUCUUGCUAGAUUGGAAAAGUUGGACUUCCUGGGUUGUUUCCUGUUCGCUCCAGCCAUUAUCAUGAUCUUCUUGGCUCUUCAAUGGGGCGGAUCCGAACACGCUUGGAAGAGUGCCACCAUCGUUGGUCUCUUCAUCGGAGGCGCCGGCCUCGGUGUUGUCUUUGCUCUCUGGCAAAUCCGAAGAGGCGACAACGCCAUGAUUCCACCACGCCUGAUCACUGAGCGUACAAUUUUCUUCUCGUGCUUCAGCGAGUUCUUCGCCAUGGGUGCCGUUUACAUUUCCAUUUACUACCUACCAGAAUGGUUUCAAGUCAUCAAAGGCGCCCCACCCACAAAGUCUGGAGUCAUGUAUCUCCCUUUAGCACUAUCAGAUGUUCUCUCUGCAACACUGACCGGCGCUUCACUCAAGUAUCUUGGAUACCCGAAUCCCUACAUGCUACUCGGAACGGGCCUGAUGAGCAUAGCAACGGGGCUCUUCUCUACCUUUUCCCUGGGCACUCCCCACCAGCAGUGGAUCCCAUUCCAAGUUCUCCAAGGCCUUGGUGUGGGUAUGACCCUCUCAAUGCCUUACGUUGCCACACAAACAGUCCUCAAGCCAGAGGAUAUUCCUGUCGGAACCUCAUUGCUGCAAUGCUUCCAGUUUUUUGGGGCUUCCGUGAAUCUUGCCAUUGCAGAGGCUAUUUUCGAAAACAAACUGGUUUCGCGGCUUCACAGCUGGGGAUUCGAAGAGCUCGAAAUUGAGAAAAUUCUCAGUGCAGGCUCCGCUGAAGCGAGGAGCGUAGUUUCUCCAGAACACAUUCCAGGCGUGCUUGAUGCGUACAACUAUGCAAUCACCAGGACGUUCUAUGUUGCAACUAGUGUUGCUGCAAUUGCAUUUCUUCUCUCGCUAGGGAUCCGCUGGAGGAGUGUAAAGCCAAAGCCUGAGGCUGCUGUCUCUGAUGAAGAAGCUAGGUCGGCAAGUUCGUAA